CUCGCCCGCCUCCCGGUAGGCGGGGCCCCGCUCUCCCAGCAGCCGCUACCGCCGCUGCCGCCGCCGCCGCCGCUGCCGCCGCCGCCACCGCCGCCGCCGCUGUCGCCCCGCGUCCCCGGUGGAGCCGCCGCCGCUGCCGCCGGGAGCUCGAUGCGGACGGAGCCCGGGCCGGGCCAUGGGGAUCCUCAGCAUCACGGACCAGCCGCCCCUGGUCCAGGCCAUCUUUAGCCGGGAUGUGGAGGAAGUGCGCUCCCUCCUCUCGCAGAAGGAGAACAUCAACGUGCUGGACCAAGAGAGAAGGACCCCUCUGCAUGCUGCUGCCUACGUGGGCGACGUCCCCAUCCUCCAGUUGCUACUGCUGUCAGGUGCUAAUGUCAAUGCUAAGGACACACUGUGGCUGACCCCCCUCCAUCGUGCUGCCGCUUCUAGGAACGAGAAAGUUCUGGGGCUGCUCCUAGCACAUUCAGCAGACGUGAAUGCCCGGGACAAGCUAUGGCAGACACCACUGCAUGUGGCUGCUGCCAACCGGGCCACCAAGUGUGCGGAAGCGCUGGCCCCGCUGCUGAGCAGCCUCAACGUGGCCGACCGAAGUGGGCGCAGUGCUCUGCACCACGCUGUGCACAGUGGGCACCUGGAGAUGGUGAACCUGCUUCUGAACAAGGGGGCCAGUCUGAAUGUCUGUGACAAAAAGGAGCGGCAGCCACUGCAUUGGGCAGCUUUUCUAGGGCAUUUGGAGGUCCUGAAGCUGUUGGUGGCCCGGGGCGCAGAUCCUAGUUGCAAGGACCGCAAGGGCUAUGGGCUGCUUCACACAGCUGCUGCCAAUGGCCAGAUCGAUGUGGUCAAGCACCUGCUACGGCUAGGUGCCGAGAUCGAUGAGCCCAACGCCUAUGGGAACACGGCUCUGCACAUUGCCUGCUACCUGGGCCAGGAUGCUGUGGCCAAUGAGCUGGUGAAUGCAGGCGCUAAUGUCAACCAGCCCAAUGACAAGGGAUUUACUCCAUUGCAUGUGGCCGCAGUCUCCACUAAUGGUGCACUCUGCUUGGAACUCUUGGUCAAUAAUGGGGCAGACGUCAAUUUCCAGAGCAAGGAAGGAAAGAGUCCUUUACAUAUGGCUGCCAUCCAUGGGCGUUUCACCCGAUCUCAGAUCCUUAUCCAGAAUGGCAGUGAGAUUGACUGUGCUGACAAAUACGGGAAUACGCCGUUGCACGUGGCCGCCCGCUAUGGACACGAGCUGCUCAUCAGCACCCUUAUGACCAACGGUGCUGACACCGCCCGGCGAGGCAUCCACGAUAUGUUCCCCCUGCACUUAGCUGUUCUCUUUGGAUUUUCAGACUGCUGUCGUAAGCUUCUCUCCUCAGGUCAGCUGUACAGCAUCGUGUCUUCACUCAGUAACGAGCACGUUCUCUCUGCUGGUUUUGACAUCAACACGCCUGAUAACCUUGGCCGGACCUGUCUCCACGCUGCUGCUUCUGGAGGGAAUGUUGAAUGUCUUAAUUUGCUGUUGAGCAGUGGAGCCGACUUGAGGAGGAGAGACAAGUUUGGAAGGACCCCAUUGCACUAUGCAGCUGCCAAUGGCAGCUACCAGUGUGCGGUGACGCUGGUGACUGCCGGAGCGGGCAUCAACGAAGCCGACUGUAAAGGCUGCUCCCCUCUGCACUAUGCUGCCGCUUCCGACACCUACCGGAGAGCGGAGCCGCACUCGGCUGCCAGCCACGACCCUGAAGAGGACGAGCCACUGAAGGCGUCCCGGAGGAAGGAGGCCUUCUUCUGUCUGGAGUUUUUACUGGAUAACGGUGCAGACCCCUCCCUGCGGGACAGGCAGGGUUACACAGCCGUGCACUAUGCAGCUGCCUAUGGCAACAGACAGAACCUUGAGCUGCUCCUAGAAAUGUCUUUUAACUGCCUGGAGGAUGUGGAGAACACCAUUCCAGUCAGCCCUUUGCACUUAGCUGCCUAUAAUGGUCACUGUGAAGCACUGAAGACACUGGCGGAGACGCUGGUGAAUCUGGACGUGAGGGACCACAAAGGCCGGACUGCGCUGUUCCUGGCCACAGAACGUGGCUCCACAGAGUGUGUGGAGGUGCUCACGGCCCAUGGAGCCUCUGCCCUGGUCAAGGAACGCAAGCGGAAGUGGACGCCCCUUCAUGCUGCUGCUGCUUCUGGUCACACUGACUCCCUGCACCUGCUGAUCGACAGCGGAGAGCGCGCUGACAUCACUGAUGUCAUGGACGCCCAUGGACAGACUCCGCUCAUGCUGGCCAUCAUGAAUGGCCACGUGGACUGUGUACACCUCCUGUUGGAAAAAGGCUCGACGGCUGAUGCAGCCGAUCGCCGGGGCCGAACCGCCUUGCACCGUGGGGCGGUGACUGGCUGCGAGGACUGUCUGGCUGCCCUUCUGGACCACGACGCCUUUGUACUAUGCCGAGAUUUCAAGGGCAGGACGCCGAUCCACCUGGCCUCGGCCUGUGGCCACACCGCUGUCUUGAGGACCUUGUUACAGGCUGCCCUGUCCACAGAUCCCUUGGAUGCCGUAGUGGACUACAGUGGCUACUCUCCCAUGCACUGGGCCUCCUACACUGGACAUGAAGAUUGUCUGGAGUUGCUACUUGAACACAGCCCAUUCUCGUACCUAGAAGGAAACCCCUUCACUCCUUUGCACUGUGCAGUAAUCAACAACCAGGACAGCACCACCGAGAUGCUGCUAGGAGCGCUGGGUGCCAAGAUUGUGAAUAGCCGAGAUGCCAAAGGACGGACCCCCCUUCAUGCUGCUGCCUUCGCAGACAAUGUCUCUGGGCUCCAGAUGCUGCUGAGGCACCAAGCUGAGGUGGAUGCCAUCGAUCAGGCUGGCAGGACGGCUCUCAUGACCGCAGCCGAGAAUGGGCAGACUGCUGCCGUUGAGUUUCUGUUAUAUCAAGCAAAAGCAGACCUGACUGUGCUGGAUGGGAAUAAGAACACUGCCCUGCACCUAGCAUGCAGCAAGGGCCACGAGAAAUGUGCCCUGUUAAUCCUGGCGGAAACUCAAGACCUUGGCCUUAUCAAUGCCACCAACAGUGCACUGCAGAUGCCACUCCACAUCGCUGCCCGGAAUGGCCUGGCUUCUGUGGUGCAGGCGCUGCUCAGUCGUGGGGCCACAGUGCUGGCUGUAGAUGAAGAAGGUCACACUCCAGCUCUGGCCUGUGCGCCCAACAAAGAUGUGGCGGACUGUCUGGCCUUGAUCCUCUCCACCAUGAAGCCUUUCCCACCUAAGGACGCCGUCAGCCCCUUCAGCUUCAGCCUGCUCAAGAACUGUGGCAUCGCUGCUGCCAAGACAGUGGGCGGCUGCGGCGCCCUGCCCCACGGGGCCUCCUGCCCCUACAGCCAGGAGCGGCACGGCGCCAUCGGCUUAGACGGCUGCUACUCAGAGUAGAUCCUCCGCUGGUCUCCCCACACCGGUGACCUGAUAUCUUAUUCUAUUUAUUUAGAAAAUGUCUAUAAAUAUAGGGCACUUUAAAGGAGAACACGACUUGGGUGAUGGGGGGGCUGGGAGUGGGGAUAAGUUACGGGGGACGGAGGGAAAGGGCCGGAGAGAAGCUGCUCACCCCUGUGACACCCAAACCGAGCAGGGCAUUAGUGGGCCACCAGGGACUUCGCAGGCGCUCUCGGUGCCCCCAGGGCAGGCCCUUCUGCCCAGUAACCUGAACAAAAUUACUAAAUGCCUGGCUCCUCUGAUCUCGCUGCCCACCCCCGUCCUGCCUCCCCUCUACCCCUUCCUGCUUCCUUUUUUGUCCCUCCUCCAGUUUUCCUGCCUCUGGAGCCAGGCAGUUACCCAUCCCUGUCCCAAUCACUGCCCUUCCUGCUCGGCUAGCCUUCCCCCCCCACCCCCCGAAGCAGUGAGAAGCCUUAAUUUCUGGUACUGUGUGAGCACUCUGGAGGUGCCCCCCUCGCCCGGUAGGGGCAGCUGGGUGGUGGUGGGGUAGACCUUUAGCACUGAGGCCUGGAGCUUCUUCCUCUCCCCUCCCGUCCACCCUGGUGCCCCCUCCCCCUCCGAUCCAAAUGCAAAACACUUGAAGCGACAACUACUGUACCUGGGACCCCGAGAUCUGCUCCCUUCUCCCCCCACUUCCUCAUAUGCAAACCAAGGGCUGGCUCUGCCCCUUCUUGGCCCCCUCACCAUGCACUUUAACCUUGCUUCUUCAUUUUCACUCCUUUGGGGAAGAGCAGCACCUGUGGCUCCCUCCUCCUCCCCCUCCUCCUCCCCCUCCUCCUCCCCCUCCUCCUCUUCUUCCUCCCCCUCCUCCUCCUCCUCAGCUCUCCAUGCUUAGGCUUGUCCUGACUUUUGAAGGAAGCAUUUCCCCCUUAGUGGAAGACACAAAUGAAUUUCCUGUCCAUUUCAAGGCCACGGCCCUCUCAUGUUCUCUGUGUAUGUCUCGAGCAUGUGCUUGUUCGUGUGUGUGGAAGGAGGGCCAUCCCCAUCCUGGGUUCCUCCGGCCUCCCCCUUUGCCUCGAUCGUCCUGUAUGUCCAAGAACACCCCACCCCGAUCCCUGAUGAUCCGAAGCCAAAGAUGGUGGGAGGGGCGGGGGCAGACUAGAGACCACCACCGCCUGAGACUGGAGCCCAGAGUCCCUGACCCCAGGUGCUGGGGAUGCUGGGGGGUCAGGCCGGGGCCUUGACUAACUGGCUUGCUAAAGCCCUGCCCCAAACGGUGAACCAGGGAAGGUGGGGGCAAAUUUUUCUCUAAAUGUAGCAUUGAAUUUGGCCCUGGUCCCCUUAGAUGCCCUAACCAUCCAUCUCCCAGCCAGGCCUCUCAGCUCUCCCGCCCCCCAGCCAGUGUUCCCCGCCUCACACGCAAUACCUCAGCCAGGAGCCAAGACACAUAACUUGAACAGAGGCCAUACCCCGUCCCCUCCCUCACUACUCCUCGGUUGCCAUCAGUAUUGUUUCCUGAAAACUGGACUGGCCUCGUUUACAUAGUGCUUUUGGGCGCUCCCCCAGCCCCCAGCCUCAUUCACAUUCUUCCCAGCUUUACUUCCUUUCCUGUUUGGACUUCUUUUCCGCCAUCUCUGCCUAGAAUGACAUUGGGGCAUUAGGGGAUAUCCCAGGGACCCCUCCCUCUCGACACCCCAAGUGUUCAUUGAUCCAGUUUUCUGUGGCUUGUCUGAGACCUCUUCUCUGCUGUUCUUUGUGGUCUCUGUGUUCCCCACUCUCUCUCUGUGUUCCCCUUUGUCCCCAUCACUGUUCCCCCAAACAUUUCAAAGCUUUGAGAUGACCGUUGUUGGUGAGAAGGACUGUGCAGCUUCUAGUUUUCCAUCCUGUUAAAGCCAAAGGGCCUUUCGCUGCCCCUUUCCCCUGCCCUCCUGCUCCUUGCUCCUUCCCUAGAUGACAAUCAAUAUGACCUCUCUAAGGGCUGCCGCCCCGCCCCUGCCCCCCAGUCUCUGCUGGCUUUUCAAAGUGCACUCGCCCACUCUGAUGCUUUCUUCCAAGCCUUCUCAUCCCCCCUUCCCAUCCUCGUUUUGAUGCAGGGAUUUGGGUAGAGGGGACAAUACGGGUUCUCCAGAGGAGCCCGUCUGGGUGUCAGUCGUGUUCUCCUUUAUUGAUGCUCAACAAUGUCAGUAAGAAUCUGAGUGUUUGCAAAGCGCCCCAUUCUUGUGCUAAAAGAGAUUUCUGGUGGCUGCCCAGGCUUUGCCCCUUCAGCACGGUGUCAGCAUUGCUGGGGAAAGAGGGGGCUCCCUUAGCUCCUUGUGUAAUUGGUGAGGGGGCCUGGAGGAUGAGCAGCCUCCUCUCCUUAUGCCAAAGGAAAUUCCCUGCCCCACCCUGGGCUCCCAUGCCCCUGUUGUUUUUGAAGCAUCUUGUCCCAUACUCAUGGCCACUGCAUAUUUAUUUUAAUUUUCAGUUUUUGUAAACCUUUUUGACUUAAACGGGUGUGGAGAAAUUAAACCAAGGCAGAAUGGCCCCGGUCCUUCCCCAGGAAGGGGAGGGAGUAGGCAUCUCUUUCCCCUUCCUUCCCUAGGCUCCCCCCCACCCCCCACCCCCCAAAAAGCUCUAAAGCACUUGCUUCAAGUAAUAAGCACUUUUGUGGAAAAGCCUCCCUAGAGAGGUCCUGGAGAGCAGCCCCAGGGUCCCAGCAAAGAGUGUUAUGGAGGAGACAAAGGAGACUGGUGGGAAAAGACAGCUGAUGAGAGCCAGUUUUUAGUUUCUGAUUUGGGGGGCUUUUCUGAUCAGAGGGACAUUGGGCAGUUGGAAGGGGGCAUCCAUGCUCCCACUCCUAAAAAAGAAAGGCACAAACCGUGAGUCCUGGUAGAACAGAGAGACCAGGGUCACUGCCACUUGUCCAGCUGAGACUGAUGGGGCUACCUCCCCCACCCUGCCACCUCGAGCCAUAGGACUGCUGAAAACCACUGAAUGUACAGCCCAGGUUGGGGUGGGGGCAGCCCGUAGGGAAGGGGCUUCUAUUCUUCUUGUUUGGUGCUGUGGGGGGUGGGGGAGAUAACAUUGAGGGACCCCCACCCCCAAUAAGACUUGUGUUUCUUGGGGUGGAAUUGCGGGGGAGGGCCUGCCUUCCUUCCUGUCCCCCCAGGGCCCUUUCCCUCUCUUCACCCCCUCCGUCUAGACUGUAAGUCCAGCUCACCUUUGCCUUCAAUAUGUAACCAAAGGAAAACUCAAUACUGUUUCCACCAACGUCCACCAAUGUUGCCCCACUGGACCGCCCCUGUGUUCCCUUGGCCUUGAAGGGGAAAGGAGGCCUGAGGGCCUUGGGAAAUGCUCUGCAGAGCGGCUCCUCGAGUGUCUUCCCCAGAGUCCUUCAGAGAGCUGGGCUGGAGAGCAGGGGGUGGGGGGUCUCUGAACGUGACGGCGCACCCGUGUUUCUUGGGUCCCGGCUCCAGCGGGCCUCACGUGCCAGGAAGGAAGCCCUUUCCUCCUUUCCCCUCCUUGGCCAUUCCCCACCCCAGGCCCAGUCUGUGUUUCUCCCCUCUCCCUUCCUUCCCCGACUCCAGCAAAGGAAAAUAGCCUUACAGACAACAGCCCAGAAGCCCUCCUAGGGGGGAUGGUUGGGGAUCUCCUGCCCCUGUCAUUUCAGAGUUUGGGGCACGGGGAGGGGAACUAAGCGGCCCCUUCCUCUGCCUGGUCAAAGGGGUUCUCUCCUUCCAUGGGGUCCUUCGCAUGGUCAGGCUGGCUCUCCACCGGCGAGGAAGGAAGGGUCAAGGCAAUGAAUACUUGAGGUCCAAGCCCAGAGGUCUGAGAGGGGGGUCUGGCUCGUCUCCCCUAAAGCCCUUCCAGAGAAGUGACCAAACUCCAGCUUUGGGGGGUGGCGGCGGGGGUGCUGCUUUUCUUAACUACUUGAAGGUACUAACUCCAAGGCUGCUGUUGCCCGUUUGUGUGAAGUGAUAGAAACUGUAACUAGCACUUGGGAGGGCAUGUGACAGUGAGGAGGAUGGAUUCUUCCCAGUCCCAUUCCUCUCGCCCCCCAUUCCCCUCGGGCCUGAGCACUGGACUGCCCAUCGGGAGCCCCCCAAGGAGCUCCCCCUCUUUCUGGGCACCGUCUCCAAUUGCACUAAAGUAGCUGUUGUGCCAGUCUUGCCCCCACUCCAGGGUGGGGCCUCUGCUUCCAAACCUGCCCCCCAUCUCGUCCCCUUGUCACACCUGGAUAGCUCAGCGUUGGGGGGUGUCCAGGGCAAAGGGAGGAGGGAAUGUGGCUGGAGAGGGGUCAGCUAGUGAAGACGGGAGGGAGGAGAAUGGAGAAGGAAAGCCUCCCUGGAGCCACGGGAGCCCGAGUGAGGGCAUCCGCCCUCAAGGCUUCGGUCUGGCAGAUGUGCCAAAUUGGGGUGGGGCGGCCCCCCCAAGGCGGCUCUCAAAGCAAUACAGUUCCCCCUUCCUGGGAGCCAAGCAAGAGAGGGGAGAGGGGAGGCCUGAGGACUUCCUCGUGCCCAGCUGUGCGUAGGGCAGCCUGUGAGAAUGUUGGGUGUCCAGUGCCCGCGGGGGGCUCCUCUGUCUGCUCCUCUCCCCCUUGACCUGCAUGGCCUGUGAUGCUGCAAACACCAUCCUGUGUGCAGGUGUGCCGGGGGCUUCCCCCACCCCCACCCCGUGACCCAUGUACUCGGUUGUAGGAAGUAAAGAGAACUGAGCACAAUUCACUGGAUUCUAGUGGAAUCUUUCUCUAAGCAAUUUGUCACACCUGCUUGUCCUCCCCCCCCAAACCCACCCCGUGGUGCUAGCGUUGGAAUCGGGGAGGGGCCUGAGGGAGAGGGUGUCUGACCACUGGGCCCCAACACCUCCUGGGCCGAGAACAGCCAGAGCCAGGGCAGCACGGGGAGUGUUGGACGGGGGCCCUCGCGCCGUCCCCCAGCCCCGGGGUAAAGCACAAAGACUCCCCGCAGAUGGACGUGCCCAGGCCCCCCACCGGACCGAGGCUGGGGGCCUCCUGCCCUGAGCCCUCGGGCCCCACCCCGGGUUUCUACCCUCUUUGGUGUGAGAACAACUGUUCAGUCAUCAUGGUUUGGGGAUGGGUUCUGUUUAUUAAAGUCCUAUUGCUCCUA